AUGGCAUCGAACUCACCGUAUGCAGAUCUCGUCGAUCGACCACUUUUUGGUGAAACCAGAUCUCGAGACCGAAUAUCAUUCAUGAUCAUCACAGCAGUUACAACUGUCUUCGUUCUAGCAACCUUUGUUGGCAUGUUUCUUUUCAAACACAUCAGUGGGACUCAUAUUUUUCUGAAUAUCUGUCUUAUACUUCUACUUGGCUCGCAUUUAUGUCUAGCAUUUUGGUACCGAUCAGGUGAACUAGAACCACGUUUUCGAAAUAUGCUAUUUUUCAAUACCGCUAUUAUUAUUUUAUUAUGUAUCUGUGCUAAUCUGAUAAUUAGCGGAAAAUAA